AUGUCGGCCAAUUCGCAAAUCAAGAAGGUAGUGCUGAUUGGGGCUAGCGGCAAUCUGGGCUCCAUCAUCCUACGUGAAUUGCUGAAAUCGAAGGUCCUUGAGGUCACCGUUCUCACGAGACUGUCCAGCAACGCUACUUUCCCAGCGGAUGCCUCGGUUAUCAAGACAUCCUAUUCCGAGAGCGAGCUUGUGAAAGCUUUCGAGGGACAGGAUGCGGUCGUGUCGUCCGUUGGACCAACAGGUUUCCAGGAUCAGAAAGUCUUCAUUGAUGCAGCGAUCACGGCCGGUGUCAAAAGGUUCAUUCCUUCAGAGUUUUCGGCCAAUACAAUGAGCCCUACUGUCCGCGAAUUAGUACCAGUAUUUGAGGCAAAAAAAGUUAUAAUUGAUUAUCUCAGGGAGAAGGAGAACACGGGACUGACCUGGACGGGGCUGUCCAUUGGACCACUCCUUGACUGGGGACUAGUCAGUGGCUUCCUAGGAUUUGAUCUUGCUAACGAGAAGGCGGUUCUAUGGGAUGGCGGCAAUGUGGCUUUCUCGGCCACUAACCAGACCGAUCUUGGGCAAGCGAUUGUCUCGGUUUUGACGCACCCUGCUGAGACCGCCAACCAAUUUCUCUAUUUUGCCACUGUGACAACUACUCACAAAGCCAUUUUGGCCGCACUCGAAGCCCAAACCGGCAAGAAGUGGAUGGUGGAUGAUGUGAAGACGGAAGAAGAGAUCACAAAAGGAAGGAAGAUGCUGUCGGAGGGAGAUUUUACAGGCAUAUUUGAGCUUGUACGAGCAUCGGCAUGGGGUGAAGUUCCAGGGAUCAGGUCGAAUUACGCUGUGGAUGAGAAGUUGGCCAAUUCAGUCCUCGGACUGCCGGAGGGUGACCUAGACGAAACAGUCAAAAUUGUGCUUAGUGCAGGGAGAUCGUGA